AUGGCGUCACAAGGCUGCGUAAAGGGCAAUGUCGCCAUUCACCCUCAGGACGCCACACAUCUCAAUGACGUCCUGCCCCCCACCAGUAGCGUGAUCCACGACAUGGUGUGUGCUGUGUUUGUUGGGGAGAGCAAGCCGACCAAGGAGACGAUCCAGGCGUUCAAGCCCAUCUUGGUCCGCAAGUCGCGAUUGAAGCUCAUGAUUGAUUUCUUGAUCGAGAGAAAUCCGUGGUAUACACGACAACACGGGCUACAGGGGUUCAAUCAGCAGAAUUUCGAUGAUUUGUUCGGACCCGGCACCUCACACAUUGAGGAAGGCAUUCUCUGCGCAAUGGAGAUAGGUCACAUCCAACUCAACGACGCCGUAGCUGGAGCGACAGCAGGAUACGUUCCCGAGCAAGAAGUGCAACCUGCGCCAGGUGAAGACGAGGUACUCGUGGAGGCUGUCGGCUACACGGAAUGCGAUGACUCACCGAUAGACUACGAUACUAUGACCAUGAAGGCCAUCGCGCACUGCUUGAGCGGCGGGAUCAUCCAGUGGUGA